CGCAUGACCAAAUUCUUGAGUUCCAAAAACUCUGAAAUUAAUCUCGGUAUCUACUAUCCAUUAUAAAUAUCUUCGAGAAUAAUUUCCAGCCCACUCCCAAAAAAAUUCCUUCCAAAAUGCGGAUCCAGACAUCUUCAAUUUGCUUUUGCAUAUGGUGGUUAGUCACUGCCAUUGCCAAUGCACAAUCACCGGUGGUUGCACCCACCACCCCUACCACCGCCACACCGCCGACCACCACUCCACGUCCCCCCACCACCCCUACCGCCGCCAAACCGCCGACCACAACUCCACGUCCAACCACCACCCCUCUGCCUACACCGCACCCGCCAAAAGCUGCUACUCCUGUUUCUUCACCGAAGCCUAAAGUUUCAACACCGCAAUUACCACCGGCGGCGGCCCCAAAUGUUGCAACGCCGCCGUCAAAGCCACCUGCAUUGGCACCAAAACCACAAGUACCAAUUGCAUUGCCGCCGGCAGUAUCCCCUGCUCUGCCCCCCACGAAAAAACCCCAUCCACCGGCACCGGCGCCGACAAAAAAACCGCAUGCCCCACCCCGCGUAACCAAGCCACCUGCACCUGCGCCGGCGGUGCCACCGCCCAAGCCAUCGCUGGCUCCUGCACAGGCACCGGUUGCUCUGCCCCCUGCCGCUACACCAAAAUCAGCUCCGGCACCUGCACCGGCUCAUGCAAAGCACAAGAGAAAGAAGUGGAAGCAUAAGCACAAACAUCACCACGCUCCACCACCAGCACCGGUGGUGAAGAGCCCACCACCACCAGCGGUGGAUGAUUCCGCCAAUGUAACCCCAGCUCCAUCCCCUGCUUCUGAUUUGAAUGAUGGAGUAUCGAUUAUGGAGCGUGGAAGAUCAAGAAUGUGGACCAAUGUUGGUGUGGCCAUGACAAUAUUAUUCGCAAUUAUGACGUAACCUAGCCAUAAAAAUACAAGUUCUUUUUUCAUUUACAGGGAGCGUGCACUUGGAUUAAUUAUAUACUUGCAAUAUAGUUUAUAAAUGAUUGAUAUUCUUGUAUUUAUAUAUAUAUAUAUAUUAUAUUCCUUUUUGUGACGCUAUGAACUACGUACUUAGUAUAUAUGUAUGCAAAUAGCGCAAUAUUCUUCUUAUAUAAAGCUUAUUCACUUAUUGUAUACCUAUUUUCCAACCAAUACAUUUUUGAACUCAAUAAAGCUUGAAGCCUUAUACAGUAAUAACUUUGAUUAGAAUUA